GUUAGUUCUAUAAUAAAUUAAUCCUUCAUCUCUCACUAUGCUAAACAGGUAGACACGUUAUUGGUUCGAAACAGAAAUUAAGCACUUCACUCACCCGCGACAGACACUAUGGACGACAAGCAAGCGCCGCCAGAUCAACCCCGCCGCCGCGGCCGAAGGUGGUGCUACUGGUUCCUCCGAAUCUUGUGGAUCCUCUUCGUCUGCAUCAUCGUCUUCGUGGUCCUCGUGAUCCUCGUGUUGUACAGCGUAAUCCAACCCCGCCCCUUCAAGUUCCAAGUCAGCGAAGCCAGACUCACCGAGUUCAACUACAGCGACGACGGCAGCAACACCCUCCGUUACAACCUCGUCCUCAACUUCACCGCCAUAAACCCCAACAAGAUGCUCAGCAUCUACUACGACAAAGUGGAGGGUCACGUGCUCUACGGCGGCGUCUGGGUCGAUUCAACGCACGUGGUCACGUGGAACACCUCGUUCCGCCAGUACACGAAGAGCACGGACCCCAUGAACGGGCGUUUCUGGGGGCGACACGUGGUGGUGCUUGACGCCUCUGAUUUCGAGCGAGAUAAGAGAAACGGGGUUUUUAACAUCGAUUUGAGGCUCAACUUUGGGAUUAGGUUGAGGCUCGGGGACUUCAUAGCCGGGGACAUGAAGCCCAGGGCCCAAUGCGGGCUUAAGGUUCCUUUCGUUUCUAAUGAGACUGCGGUUACUGGGUUUCGCCUCACUCAGUGCGAUAUUGAUUUCUGAGGGUUCCCGGUCCCACGCGCCUCCAAUUUAUUAAUUGAAUUUUCUCUCUCAUAUUUAUUGGAGUGAACACUUACUACCAAAUUGACACUAUGCAGUCAAGUAUGAAACGAAACGAUGUUUUCUCUUGAAGUCAUUGACGAUGUACCCUAACAAUAACAACCUAUUCUUGAAGAGGUACCACCUGAAUUUUUGUGGUUUAGGGUUUCCUUUAGCAUUACCUAGAUGAUUUCCUUUCUCAGUAAUUUCUUUGAAUUUUUUUUAGUAUAUGUUAUGUUCUGAGUUUCUGAACCA